AGUCGGCCUUGCCCGGCGCUCGGCCACGCACCUCCCGCCGCCGCCGCCGCCGCCUGGCGAUCGCGCCACGAUCCGGGGCCCAGGCCUCCCGCAGGGCGUCGGCAGCCGGCGGUGUAGCUGCGGCUUGGCCUGGCCAUGAAGUCCCGCAGGGAUAAACUGCACAUCCCAGCCCUGACCCUCGAUCUGUCCCCGAGCAGCCAGAGCCCGGCGCUGCUUAGCCCUAGCAGCCCCUGCAGCCCCUGCAGCCCCUCGCUGGGCCUGCACCUCUGGAGCUGCCGCAGUGGGAACCGCAAAAGCUUGGUGGUGGGGACGCCGUCUCCGACUCUCUCCCGGCCCCUGUCACCGCUGUCCAUCCCCACUGCAGGCAGCAGCCCGUUGGACAGCCCACGGAACUUCUCGGCUGCAUCUGCCAUUAACUUCCCCUUCGCCCGCAGCCACAUCCCACGCAGCGACAGGGCUGACGGGAGAAGAUGGUCCCUCGCAUCCCUCCCAUCUUCCGGCUAUGGAACCAACACGCCCAGCUCCACUGUCUCGUCGAGCUCAUCCUCCCGGGAGCGUCUCCAUCAGCUUCCCUUCCAGCCGACGCCGGACGAGCUGCGCUUCCUGUCCAAGCAUUUCCGCAGCUCCGAGAGCGUGGUGGACGAGGACGGUGGCCGCUCUCCCCGACUGCGGCCCCGUUCCCGCAGCCUCAGCCCUGGCCGUGCCACCGGCAGCUUCGAUAAUGAAAUCGUCAUGAUGAACCACGUGUACCGGGAGCGGUUCCCCAAGGCCACCGCCCAGAUGGAGGGCCGGCUGCAGGAAUUCCUGGCCGCCUACGCGCCCGGCGCCCGGCUGGCUCUGGCCGAUGGCGUCCUGGGCUUCAUCCAUCACCAGAUUGUGGAGCUGGCCCGGGACUGCCUGGCCAAGUCCGGUGAGGCGCUGGUCACCUCGCGCUACUUCCUGGAGAUGCAGGAGAAGCUGGAGCGCCUGCUGCUGGACGCUCAUGAGCGCUCGGACAGCGAGGAAGUUGGCUUCAUCGUCCAGCUCGUCCGGAAGCUGCUGAUCAUCAUCUCACGGCCAGCUCGGCUCCUCGAGUGCUUGGAGUUCGAUCCCGAGGAGUUCUACCACCUGCUGGAGGCUGCCGAAGGCCAGGCACGGGAAGGCCAGGGCAUCAAGACCGACCUACCACAGUACAUCAUUGGGCAGCUGGGCCUGGCCAAGGACCCGCUGGAAGAGAUUGUGCCUCUGAGUGACGUUGAUGGAGGACAGCCCCCUGCACCUGAGUCACCAGAGAACCGUGCCCUGGGUGGCCCGUCACGGAGAAAGCCAUGUGAGAGUGACUUUGAGACCAUCAAGCUCAUCAGCAACGGGGCCUAUGGGGCCGUGUACCUAGUGCGGCACCGAGACACGCGGCAGCGCUUUGCCAUCAAAAAGAUCAACAAGCAAAACUUGAUGCUGCGGAACCAGAUCCAGCAGGUGUUUGUGGAGCGUGACAUACUCACGUUCGCAGAGAACCCCUUUGUGGUCAGCAUGUUCUGCUCCUUUGAGACCCGGCGCCACCUGUGCAUGGUCAUGGAGUAUGUAGAAGGUGGCGACUGCGCCACGCUGCUGAAGAACAUGGGUCCGCUGCCCGUGGACAUGGCGCGCAUGUACUUCGCCGAGACGGUGCUGGCCUUGGAGUACCUGCACAACUACGGCAUCGUACAUCGCGACCUCAAGCCAGACAACCUGCUCAUCACCUCGCUGGGCCACAUCAAGCUGACUGACUUCGGGCUGUCCAAGAUCGGGCUGAUGAGCAUGGCCACCAACCUGUACGAGGGCCACAUCGAGAAGGAUGCUCAUGAGUUCGUGGACAAGCAGGUGUGCGGGACCCCUGAGUACAUCGCCCCCGAGGUGAUCUUCCGCCAGGGCUAUGGGAAGCCAGUGGACUGGUGGGCCAUGGGCGUCAUCCUCUACGAGUUCCUGGUGGGCUGUGUGCCCUUCUUCGGGGACACGCCCGAGGAGCUCUUCGGGCAGGUGGUCAGCGAUGAGAUCAUGUGGCCAGAAGGGGACGAGGCACUUCCGGCUGAUGCCCAAGAUCUUAUUACCAGGCUGCUGCGGCAGAGCCCAAUGGAUCGUCUGGGCACUGGGGGCACCCACGAGGUCAAACAGCACCCCUUCUUCUUGGGCCUGGACUGGGCUGGGCUGCUGCGACACAAAGCCGAGUUCGUCCCGCAGCUGGAGGCUGAGGAUGACACCAGCUACUUUGACACACGCUCAGAACGCUACCGCCACCUGGGCUCGGAGGACGACGAGACCAACGACGAAGAGUCGUCCACCGAGAUCCCGCAGUUCUCAUCCUGCUCUCACCGCUUCAGCAAGGUCUACAGCAGCUCUGAGUUUCUGGCCGUGCAGCCCACCCCCACCUUUGCUGAGAGGAGCUUCAGUGUGGACCGGGAGGAGGGGUGGGAACGCAGCAGUGACGGGGACAGUGGCCUCCGGCUGAGCACUGAGGUCCGGUUGAGGUCCUGCACGUCCUCUGGGUCCUCCUGUCAUUCGUCAUCAUCUCAGCCUGAGAGAGGCCCCAGCCCAUCGCUUCUGAACAACAUCAGCCUAGACAUGCCCAAAUUUGCCUUCUCGUCAGAGGAUGAGGGAGCGGGCCUAGCCCAUGUGGACCCCAAAAAGCCUAUCUUCAUCCUGGGGGAGCCUGAACCCCCACCACAGACCACCCUAGUAACACCCAAACCCUCAAACCUUUCUGCUGACGCGGCAGCCCUCAGCCACGCACGUCUCCGGAGCAACAGCACUGGUGCCCGGCACUCCACACCCCGAGCCCUGGAUGCUGGUCUGGGCCGCCGACUCGGAGCAACCAGAGAACCCGCCAGCGACAAGCCCAGGGCCACCCCCGGCGGGGGCAGCGGCAGCGGCGGCAGUGGGGGCCGAGUGCCCAAGUCGGCGUCAGUAUCAGCCCUGUCCCUCAUCAUCACCGCAGACGACGGCAGUGGCUGCCCCCUCAUGAGCCCGCUGUCACCGCGUUCGUUGUCCUCCAACCCAUCCUCGCGCGACUCUUCGCCAAGUCGGGACCCGUCGCCCGUGUGCGGGAGCCUGCAGCCCGCAGUGGUCAUCCACAGCUCGGGCAAAAAGUACGGUUUCAGCCUGCGCGCGAUCCGCGUCUACAUGGGCGACAGCAACGUCUACGCCGUGCACCAUGUCGUCUGGAGCGUGGAAGAGGGGAGCCCCGCACAGGAGGCUGGGUUGCGCGCCGGGGACCUCGUCACGCACAUCAACGGCGAGUCGGUGCUGGGCCUGGUGCACCGGGACGUGGUGGAGCUGCUGCUGAAGAGCGGAAAUAAGAUCUCCCUUCGCACCACGGCGCUGGAGAACACAACCAUUAGGGUGGGCCCAGCGCGAAAGGACGCGGGGAAAGGGCGCAUGGCGCGCCGCAGCAAGCGCAGCCGGCGGAGGGAGACACAGGACCGGCGGAAGUCUUUGUUCAAGAAGAUCUCGAAGCAGUCGUCUGUCUUGCACACAAGCCGAAGCUUCUCCUCCGGCCUCCACCACUCACUGUCCUCCAGUGAGAGCCUGCCAGGGUCCCCCACCCACAGUCUGUCACCUAGCCCCACCACACCCUGCCGCAGCCCUGCGCCCGAUGGCAGCACCAACACAGAUACCGCGUCCCCGCCCAGCGUGUCCCCAAGCUCCAGCAGUCCUGCAUCCCCAGCCACUGCCUGCCACGCCCGUCCCAGCUCCCUGCACGGCCUGGCGGCCAAGCUGGGGCCACCCCGGCACAAGGGCGGGCGCCGCAAGUCCACCAGCAGCAUCCCACCCUCACCGCUGGCCUGCCCUCCUGUGCCUGCCCCACCACCACGCUCACCGUCACCCCUGCCGGGCCACACGCCUGGGCCUGCCCGGUCCCCUCGCCUGCGCCGUGGACAGUCAGCUGACAAGCUGGGCACGAGUGAGCGGCCCGACUCUGAGCUGGUGAUCAUGCGGCGGCUGCACCUGUCCGAGCGCCGCGACUCCUUCAAGAAGCAGGAGGCGGUACAGGAGGUGAGCUUUGACGACGAGGCCCCCGGCACGGCGCCUGUCCCCACGCCUGUGCCCGUGCCACAGAUCGCUGUGCAAGGCGCUGAGCCUGCAGCUGCCAGCAACGACUGAGCCCAGCCGGGGCCGCGGCCACCAGCUCCCAACGCACAGUCACAGGGCAGGGGGUCAGUCUGCAGUACCAGAGGACAAGCCAAUGGCGUCCCUCCCUCAGAUGUCCUCUGUGCACAGUGGAUGGCCAAGAUCGGCCAGGCUGGGCUCGGGCGGCAUUGUAAAUAGCAAAUCCCGCCACUAAUUUAUUACUUUUUCUAAGCAAUAGCCGGGCUGCACCGUCCUGCAGGUGGCUUCUGGGCCCUCAGCCUGCAAAGCCCGCCAGGGUUGGGAAGCAAGCGCUUUGGACCGCGUCUGUGUGCGUGUUCUCUCCCCACCCUUCUAAAGUUCUGGUGUGCAUUUGGUACCUGAUCCCAUUCCUGACCCAAGACCGAGCCUACGUGUCCAGGCCUAGUUUGGCUUUGACUUGCAAACUCCACAAACGAUAUCCCUCCCCUCCAAGCCAUGACGCUGGAAUCUGAAGAUGACAUCCCACUGUCCCAGCUGCUGUCCUUACUACACUCUGACUCCAGUGCUUCAGGCUUCUGCCUGGGAAAAGGGUAUAGCAGCUGGGGUUUUGAUGGAAAAGUAGGAGUUCACUGAUGUAGGCAAUGAGGCACAGAUGCCCUGCGUGGUGUCAGCCUGGCCUAGCAAGGUACUGCUGAGGGGAGAGGAGAAUGGCCCACCCAUCGUGUGUCCAGGGAGGGCCCUCUGUGUGUCCUGCCUCCCUGAGGUGGAUGUGCGCUAAGGAGGUGCGCAGGCAAGGAGGCCCGGGUUUGAUUUUCAGCUUCACUGUGUGGCUCUGGGAAGAUGUCUUUCCCACUCUGUGCCUCAGUUUCCUCGUGUUUACAGGACUAAUCCCAGCGAUUACGCAUUAAGCGCCUGCUGUGUGUGCUAAGCGCUUUGCUCAUGGCUCUUUCCUGGGACAGCAUUGAGAAAGCCCAGAGCUGGCAUCCUUGUUGCCCCUGCAGCUCAGGAGGCAGAGGCCCGGCCAAGGUCUGGGUUGGUCCCUCCCACUGCCCUGCAAGAGGUGCCGGGAGGGAAGCACCGACCACGCCCACCGUGGGCGCGGACCUAGCCUCAGCCAGUGGGCAUGUGUGCAGACCCUGGCCCUGCUUCUUCCCAGGAGGUUCCGUCCCCCCCCCCCCCCCCGUGGAGGCAGGGAGCUCUGCUGGCACUGCGUCCUUCCAGAGCCUCCGGCCAGCCCCGCUGGGGCUUGCAGGGUGAAAUAAGCCUGUGCAUGAAUUGCCCCUCCUUCCAUCCUGGAGCUGGCAGCGAAUAAAAGCCCACA